GAUCAUACUUAGGGAGAGAGAAACGAAAAAGGGGUCUGCGUCUUUCCUCACACUUUACUUUGUUUCGUAAUUCCAGUUCAAUCAGCAAAUCGGAAACCCUAUGUCAUCGGAAGGGCAUCCACUUGACGGUGCCUCCGAUCCACCGUCGGAGGAGGUGCCACGCUCAGAAAAUGAACAAGAACGCUCACCUGAACCAAGAAUACGAGCACAGAGAAGGAGAGAGUGGAGCUGGAAAUGACAGCGCAACGAUGAGCAAUGAUCUGGUUAUCUUUUUCUUUUAAAAAAAAAAUUAGUUAAUUACUAGUAGAAAAACAGCAUUAAACUAUAAAAAAUAGGUCAUUGCUACAAUGUCUAAAAGUAAAGGAAGGUUUUUAGUUUCAGAUAUGCAGGGCAAAAAAUCUAUUUAUGAGAAAAAAUUUAGUUCCAUAUGACACCAACUUGUAAAAAAAUCUCAUUAAAAUCUAUUUAUAGAAAAAAAUUAGUUCUAGGUCACAUCAAGUCAUCAACUAAUAGAAAAAUCACUUAAGAAAAUAGCGUCAACUGAAACAGUAAAGAACAAUACGAACCCAUAUUCUAUUUUUUGAAGGUUACUCAUCUCAUCAGCAGUUGAAACGGUGUCAUUUUAAUCGGCUGCCUAGCGUGACUUUAAGCAGUAUCUCUUCUUUUUUCCAUUUGUUUUGCUUUGCUCUUUUACAAAUUUUCCCCAAAUUGAGGAGCCAGGCUCGGAUAUGUCUUCCUUUGAAAGUUUAACAACAGGAACCAAUCUCUUAGAUCUGCCAGUAAGUUACCCGAAAAUCUUGUGCUUAUUUCUAUAGUUCCAGUUGAUUCGUUAAUAAUAAAUUAGUUGAUAUUUCGAGAAAAUAACUACUAGUAGAAAAAUCGCGUUAAACGAUAGAAAAUAGGUCAUUGCUACAAUGCCUAAAAGGCUAAAAGUAAAGGAAGGUUUUCAGUUUCACAUAUGCGGGGAAAAAACCUAUUUAUAGGAAAAAACUUAGCUCCAAGUGACAUCAAGUCAUCAACUAGUAGAAAAACCGCGUUAAAUGAAUAGCGUCAACUGAAGCAGUAAAGAACAAUACGAACCCAUACUCUAUUUUUCGAAGGUUACUCGUCUCAUCAGCAGUUGAAACGGUAUCGUUUUAAUGGCUUUAAGCAGUAUCUCUUCUUUUUAUCCUUUGUUUUGCUUUGCUCUUUUACAAAUUUUUCCCAAAUUGAGGUGCCAGGCUCGGAUAUGUCUUCAUUUGAAAGCUUUGCAAUAGAAACCAAUAUCUCAGAUCUGUCAGUUAAGUUUCUCGAGAUUUGUAAUAUGCAGCAACAGCAGCAGCAGCGGCACAUUGAUCAUCAUCAUCAUCCAUAUUAUGAAGCCCUUAAUACCUUCAUGUUAUUUCUUUCGGAGACGUUGUCGAUGGUGAUUGGAACCAAAUGCAGAACUCGUGGGUUUCUGUUUCUAGGCAUGAAUCGUGUCCUAUUUCAUCAGUUGGCAUUGGUGAACUCUCUUGCAUUUGAGAAGAGGAACUUACUGAGCUUUGGGAAAGAUUUUGAUAUGUCCCAAACCUUAAAUGUCAUUUGUUUGGAUCGUCAAACUUAUGUCUAGAAACAUACCAAGAGACUUGGAAGGCAUGUGCACAAUAUAACAUGUAAUUUCUUUUCAAUAUGACUCCAGUGAAAUUGAAAAAAUGUCAUGAAAAAGGGGCUACUUGGAGAGUGAAAUUUAAUUAGCCGGUUAUCCAUCUUCACAAGAGAUACAUGAGUAAACCUUAAUACAUUAGUCUAAUUUUCAUUCAUUUGUGGGUUCUUUAUCCCCCUUCUAAAGUUUGUGACUAAUGUAACUACAUUUCUUGAUACACAAUAAGUUGAAAAAAAUAGGUCAAAGCAAGAAAAAAAGAAAAAGCGAUCACACCCUUGCCUUUUACAAGUUAUCACUAAUUUAGUCAUUUAUAAACACCCACAUUUCUUUCCUAUUUCUUGCUUCAAAAGAACAUACUUUAAAGAGAAAAAGAAAGCCCUUUAUUUAAUACAAUCAUAAAGAUCCUUCAGCCUAAGAUAUAUAUGGCUUCUUUGUGGCAAAGCUUAUCUCAUUCUAUAAAUUCAUACAACUUACCCUCAUUCUACUGCACACUGCAUAGACGUAAUUGGAGGCAACUAGUCACUGGAUAGCUAGCACAAAAAGUUGGAGAAAUGGGUCUUUUGGCUGUAUUUCUCCUAUGGUUACUUUCAUUAUCAAGAGCAAAAGCCUCAAACAACAACAUUGGUGUAAACUAUGGCCAACUUGGAAACAAUCUACCUUCUCCAUACCUCUCCAUAGAGCUACUAACAAAAAUGAAAGCUAGACAUGUGAAGCUCUAUGAUGCCAACCCUGACAUUCUAAACCUUCUAUCAAAUAGAAAGAUUCAAGUCUCAGUUAUGGUCCCAAACAAUGAAAUCUCAAACAUUGCCGUGAACCGAAGAGCAGCGGAAGAAUGGGUGAGGAACAAUGUCCUACCUUACCUUCCCAAAACCAAGAUUCGCUACCUCCUCGUCGGCAAUGAGGUGCUAAGCUCCUACUCGGAACAAGGCCGGCAAAUGUGGCGCGAUCUUGUGCCAGCAAUGCAAAUGAUCAAGAGAUCCCUCAAGGCUCUAAACAUCUCAUCCAUCAAAGUUGGCACCCCAUUGGCAAUGGAUGUGUUGGAAUCAACCUUCCCACCAUCAAGAGGGAUGUUCCGAUAUGAGAUAAGAGACAAUGUGAUCAUACCAUUGCUUAACUUCUUAAACAGAACCAAGUCAUUUUUCUUCAUUGAUGUGUAUCCAUAUUUUCCAUGGUCACAAAACCCUUAUAACAUUAGCCUUGACUUUGCUCUAUUCAGAGGAGGCUUAAGCAUAAGAGAUCCUGGCAGUGCCUUAGUCUACACCAAUUUGUUAGACCAAAUGCUAGAUUCUGUCAUAUUUGCUAUGUCCAAACUCGGCUUCUCCAAUAUCCCGCUCGCCAUAUCCGAAACAGGAUGGCCUAAUUCCGGUGACAUCGACGAGCCUGGGGCAAACAUAUUCAAUGCAGCCACAUAUAACCGCAAUUUGAUCCAAAGAAUGACAACAAAUCCACCUCUUGGCACCCCAGCUAGGCCUGGAGUUCCAAUCCCAACUUACAUCUUUUCAUUGUUCGACGAAAAUCAAAAGCCUGGUCCAGGGACAGAGCGACACUGGGGCUUGUUACACCCGGAUGGCACGCCAGUCUAUCAAAUAGACCUGACAGGAAAGUCGGCUGCGGCCGACUUUGGGCCAUUGCCACCUCCAAAGAACAAUGUCCCUUACAAAGGGAGGGUGUGGUGUGUGGCAGUGAAAGGAGCAAAUGCAAUGGAAUUGGAAGCUGCAUUGACAUAUACUUGCAACCAAAGUAAUGUGAAUUGUGAUGGUCUUGCACCAGGAAGAGAGUGCUAUGAGCCUGUUUCCAUUGCUGCUCAUGCCAGCUAUGUAUUUAGCUCUUACUGGUCCAAGUUUAGAAGUCAAGGAGCCACUUGCUAUUUCAAUGGACUUGCUCAACAAACAACUUCCAAUCCUAGUCGAGGUCCAUGCAAGUUCCCAAGUGCGACUCUUUGAAUAUAAUAAACAAGAACUAUGAUCAUUUUAGCAGAAAGUUGCAGGAAGAAAAAAAUUAAUUGUAUGCAAACACAAACACUGGCAAGUAGUUAGUAAUAAGAACUCCAUCAACAAAAUAUUACAUUGUAUUGGUAUAUCUAGUGCUUUUUGGUAAGAUAAUUACUGUCAUACAAUGUCACUUGCACAUUGCAAUGUUUCAAUGGUUCACAGUGCUUUGUAACAAUUAUAAAUGAUAAAUCGAUAAGACUUUAGUCUUC